AUGCUCGACUUCACGUCGCAGAAGCGUUUGAAACAGUGUAUUCUCGUCGCAACUAAUAUCACGCUAAGUUUCCAACUCCCCCCAGUACAGAUACCAAUCGGCACUGAGAGCAAAACAAGACCCACCAUGCAGGCAAUAGAGCAACGCAAACUACAAGUAAAAACCCACCUAGGCGUCGGCGAACAAUUUAAACACGAAACAGAAUUUGAGCUGCAUCAAGUCAAAGAACAGCUCAGAAACGCGGAAGAGAAUAUCGCAUACCUCUCAGAUAGGGUUAUGACGUACAGGUAUAGGUGGCUGGAAGAGUAUUACCGUGCCGACAACCUGGAGCGUCAUAUGCCUAAUGGCAUCCAUGUACCCGACCUUGGUCAGAUUCCCCUAGGUGCCCCCUCUCCCGGCUUCUCUACAGAGUUCUUGGCCUGGGAUGACAUGUGA